AUGAAUAAAACAGACAUUCCCUCAGACAAAAAACGUCUGCUGAUUUUAAACAAAGUCAAUGCAGUCCAAACUGGACUAACACAAGAAAAUGUUGAUCUAGUAGCUAUAAACUUACGUUUUGCUAAAGUCAAACAAUUAUAUGAACAUUACGAUACAACCAUCGACGAAUUAGAAAUGACUGAUCCCGAUAAUGCAGAAGUUACCCUCGCAGACGACACACGAACUGCAUACUUUGCACUUGCCAGUCAACUACAUACUUUAAAUCAAUCCAACGCUAAGGAGAACAAUUCACAUAAUGAAAAUAUAUCCUCACGAGAUACAUCAGUCGGAAAUACUACCUUUAAAGCACAACGUCUUGCUAAACUUCCAACUGCAGAAUUACCUAAAUUUGACGGGAACUUUGAAAAUUGGCUUUCAUUUAAAAAUAUGUUCAAAUCUUUAAUUGAUGGUCGUAAAGAUCUUGAUGACGUCAAUAAAUUGUAUUAUCUUCGUGCAUCUUUAACUGGCGCAGCAUCUAACAAGCUUUCGCUUUAUGAUGCAAGUGCAGUAAAUUACACUAAAGCAUGGGAUCUUUUAACUGAAACUUAUCAAAAAGAACGAGCUCUAGUUAACAAACAUUACGAUGCCCUUCUGGAUUUAGAUAUUAUAGAAAAACCUACUAAUGAAAAUUUAACUAAAUUUAUAGAUCAAGCUCGCCAGCAUUUAAAUGAAUUAGAAACACUUAAUGCGAAACCGACUGAUGCAUUCAUUGUACGGGUGCUGGAACGUAAAUUACCCAUAUAUAUUAGAGACAAAUGGGAGGAGACAUUUGACAAUGAAAACACUCUUCCGACAAUUGAACAGUUUGGUAAAUUCGUGACUAAGACAGCUUUCCGAUUUAGUUCACGUAAACCGAAUCAACAUCAUGACACCGGUAACUCGUUCAAACGUAAACGUACUGACCGAACAUUCAACGCUAAUAAAUCACAAAAAACUGAACCGACUGCACGAGCACUCGUGACAACACCCUUGAUAGUUUGUCCUCAUUGUAAGGGUAACCACCCUCUCUAUAAAUGUCCAAAUUUCAAUUCACUAACAGUUGACCAACGUGUUAAAUUUGUUAAAGCUUCCCGACUCUGUCCUAACUGCUUACGUGAACAUAAAGGACCCUGUACUUCCACCCGCUGCAAGCUUUGUCAUAAAUUUCACCACACUAUGCUACAUUAUAAACAAAAUUCAAACACUUAUACAAAUCAGAACAAAAAUGCAAAACCUAACGCAAAUAAGGCUGAGUCAAUUACAGUCACACCGGCUGCAAAAGAAUCCACUUCAUGA